GACGCGUCGUCGUACAUCGCCGUUCAGUCUCAACACGACCAGCGUACGUGCACCUUCGCAUACUGGGUGUGGUCGUACAUCCUGCUGCGCCUGUGCAGCGUCUGGGAGGAGCCCGACGGGAACAAACCAUAUCUGGCUUGUUCCGUCCGACCGGUCUGCUGGAUUAAGCUCCCUCGAGCAACAUAUACCCUGCUCUGCAGCUGUCCUCUUCUGUCGCGCUCUGUGCUACUUUGACCGUGUAUAAGGACCCCCUCCUCGUCCGUACAGACCGCCAUGGCCUUCCAAUCAUCCUCGACGUUAUAUAUGCCCAUCGUCUCACCUCCGACGCCCGCUCCCUCUCCCCGACUCCCCGCCUGCGAUUCUCCUAGUCUCAGCUACGUCAACGAGCCCGGAUACCUGUCUCGACACGAAUUCGCAUCACUACCCACUUCCCUUCGCUUCCAGUACCUCUCAGCGCUGCUGGCGGACUGCAGUCCCGCUGAACUCUUGUUCAUCUCCACUACGAUCACCCCACUGCUCAGGCGCGAUUUCUUGAGGGAUCUACCACCAGAGAUAUCUCUACAUAUCCUGAAUUUUAUUGAUGAUCCGCAAACUCUGGUUCGCGCGAGUAGAGUGAGCAGAUCGUGGAAUCGCCUACUCGACGACGAGUACAUAUGGAAGAGGAUGUGCGAUGUUCACGGAUACUCGGUUCCGGACCAACUCCUAGCCAUUCCGAAACAGAGGAGGGACAAUGCAGAAGAGGUACACGGAGGGAUGUUGACAAGUGUAUCCGCCUCGUCACCGUAUUCGCCCGGCUCCCAUGGAGUUGGGAAGCUACGCCAUGUCUCUUCUUUGCCUUAUCGCCGACAUUUUCAGUACUCCUACACCGUCACCGCGAACUGGCUUCAUGGCGGUAAACUGUUGCAGACACAUCGUAUACCUGCGGUCCAUCAACCUUCACCUUUCCAACGCGUUCCACUUGAUCAUCCAGUUGCCGCGCUCUCGUCUGCCAUUCCGACCUCGGUCGCGCUCGACGAGUCAUGGAUUGUCAUAGGACUCGCGAAUAGUAGGAUACACGUCUUCAGCGCGCGGACGGGCGUCCUCAGUCGUACGCUUGUUGGCCACGAAUCUGGCGUUUGGGCGGUCGCAUUAGUUAAAGGGUCGGCGGACUUACCACGAGAGAGAGACCGGCGGACGGAGAGCGAGAGCAGUAUGGCUGAAGACGCGUUCUCCAGUGGAUCAAGCGGUGAUUUGAAUGACCCUCUUAUACCUCCGACGCUUCGACACGCAGUUGGUCUCGAUUCGUCAAUGCUCGACAAGGAGGCGAGGCGAAGAUCAUCGUCCGAUGUUUUCCAUUCGGGUGACAGUCAAGAAGGACCGCGAGUGAGGAGUCCUUCAGAGAAGCCGAGCGAUCCGAAUGGUGCAUCGGAUGGCUGGGGCCAGCCUCAUGCCCUAGCUAUCAGUGCUGGCUGCGACAAGGAGCUGCGCGUAUGGGACAUCAAGUCAGGGUACUGUAUCUACAUCCUCCGCGGGCAUACAUCUACUGUGCGAUGUCUCAAGGUGCUGCAUGGGCGUCCCAUCGCGUUAUCGGGAUCUCGAGAUCGAACCAUUCGCGUAUGGGACAUUCAACGUGGACGGCUUCUGCGAGUGAUGGAAGGCCACGAGCAAAGCGUGCGCUGCUUGGACGUCUUUGGCUCGCGGGCUGUUAGUGGCAGUUAUGACAGCACUUGCCGACUCUGGGAUAUCGAUACCGGCUCCUGCCUACAGGUCUUGCGAGGACAUCACAAUCAAAUUUACUCCGUCGCUUUCGACGGUGUCCGCAUAGCUUCAGGGGGGUUGGACACAUCUGUACGGGUGUGGGAUGCUGCAACUGGAGAUUGCCUUGCAUUGCUACAGGGGCAUACGGCUCUCGUAUGUCAGAUCCAGCUGUCACCGACGAUCAUCACAACAGGUGGCGCAGAUGGCCGUGUCAUCACCUUCGCCAUCGGCUCAUCGUAUGCAAUUGUACAGCGACUCAUCGCGCACGACAGUUCCGUGACCGGUUUGCAGACUGAUGACAGGUUCCUCGUAACGAGCGGAAAUGACGGGCGAGUGCGGCUAUACAGCUAUGGACGUGACACUGGGAGGUGCGAGUACCUCAGGGAGCUCAGUGAACCGAGCGAGAGUGUUUGGAAGAUCGCAUUCACUCGCGAGACGUGCGUGAUCAUGUGCAAGAGGGCCGGGAAGAUUGUUAUGGAAAUCUGGAGUUUCAAACCCGAUGAGCUUGGUUAAGCACUGAUGUUUCGGACUGGCUACGGAACGCUCAUUGACAGUACUGUAUGACAUCUGGGCUUACAACCACGCACUAGUAUACAAAAACCUAUAUUGCUGAUAAGUGAUCAGUAUACACUGGAGACACGGAGCCAUUUUUCACCAUGUAAUAUGCCUUACAAAUGGGAAUUGGCAUUUUAUCUUUGUGAAAAGGAUUCAUC